UUUAGAUACGCUUCGUUUCACACGUGUAGGUCCCACUCUUCUGUUUCUACAAUCUACACCAUUCACAUACUCACGUGACAAUCACGUGAACUCAAUACCCCAUUCACACAUUCGUUUCUCUCUCUAGAAACAAACUCCGUACCGUUUUCUUUGUGGAUUUUGCAACUGAAUGCUCUUUCUUCUUCUUCUCUCUGUUUUCUCUUUCAAAUUCGCAUAUUCUUCUUCUCUCUCUAUACUUUUUUUCACUGUUUCACUGUGUUAGUACUAUUUGAAGUGUGAAACGACGCUGUUUUGUUAGUUUCUGUGAUUGAUUUCAUGGUGUGUGUUUCACUGUGAGCUUGUGUGUAGUGAUUCCGGCGAUGAUUGAGCUAAUUCAACGUGUAGUUGUUAAUUCUGGAUUCGUUUUUGUGAAUUGUUUUGCUCAAUUUAUAAGAAAUGUUUGAUUGGAACGACGAAGAGCUUGCUAAUAUAAUAUGGGAUGAGGGAGGAGAGAGUGAUGAUCAUAUUGUGCCUUUUCCGGAGGCAAGUGAAGAUCUUAGAAACAAGAAAGAAGUGAAUCAGGAAGCAGCCACAUGUAAGCUUACCAAACGGAAGCAACCAGAGACGAACACUGAUUGUCAUGAAAAUCUAGGAAGCAGUUCGAACGUUAAUAAUAGUGGAGGACUACUUGCCUCGGGAUAUGGAGCAAGCUCGUGGCCUGACUCGUCUUUAUCCAGUGCAGCUAAAAUUGAUCAGGGUUCUAUGGGUACUGAACUUUCUAAAAAUCGAGGUGAACUUAGCAAACUCAGUACAUCAAGAGAAGAGACCACACAGCAUGAAAAGGAUGCUCAAUUUUUCCAAAAUGCCGAAGAAGGUAAAGAACAAGGUGAUUUUGUUGAUUAUGACUGGGCUAACAUAGGAAGUUUUGAUGACCUUGAUCGAAUUUUCAGCCAUGAUGACCCUAUAUUUGGCAAUGUAAGUCUUGAGAAUUCUGAUGAGCUUUGGUCUGCUAAAGAUGUGAGUAACAAUCAAGCACAUGUACCUUUGGAUGCACCAAGUCCCACAGAUGCUUUAAGGAAUAAAUCAGAGCCUUUUGAAAUCAAAGAAGAACAUGGUCAUUGUAAUGAUCAAUCAUUUUCCCCUAGCUACGAAAAGAUUUCUGGUCCUGCAUAUCAAAGUAUACAAAAUUCACACACAACGACUGAUAACGUGGAAUGUGCUGGAGAUAGAAGUAAGCCUACUGGAAAGGAGCAGCAGAGUCUUAGAAAAAAGAAUCAGUUGAAUACCCGGAAAAAAUCACAGAUAAAACAAGAGGAGAAAGAUUUACAGGAUUUUUAUGGUAAUUGGUCUUCUUCAGCAACAUUGGCAAGACAAUUUGAGAAUCAAUUGACACCAUCUGUUUUACAAUCUUCUCCCUCUUCAAUUCUUGGUCAACCGAAUAAACUCCAAGGACCUGAAACACUAUAUCAGAACAUCAUAAAUCCAUAUGCAGCACCUUCUGUGUAUGGUAACCUUACUAAUACAUAUCCUGCUAUGCCAAUGCUAUCACAGAUUCAGUCGGGAAAUCUUAGGCAUCAGCCAGUGCUCUCUGGGUAUGAGACAUCUCUUAGUUCGGUGAAUGCUUUGAAAAGUUAUGCAGGCUCCAUCAAUCCUCAAACUAUGACUCCUCAGGAGAAAAUUGAAAAAUUGAGGCGGCGGCAGCAAAUGCAGGCAAUGCUUGCUAUUCAGAAACAACAGCAAGUACUGGGCCACCAAGUUCCUAGCACUAGUAAAUCUGUCGCGCAAAAAUGCCACCCAGAAAUUCAAAGUCAUCUUAGCGAUGGGACUGAUCCUAAAAUUGAAGAUUUAAGUACUUACCCUCCAAUUGAACAAGUUGAUUCUAAUACAAUAUCACUGGCAAUUGAUGAUGAUUUUGUUGAAGAAACCAUACUGUACAGGCUUCAGGACGUUAUAUCAAAGUUAGAUGUCACAACAAGACUCUGCAUCAGAGAUAGCUUGUUCCGGCUGGCACAAAGUGCAACACAAAGACAUUAUACUAGUGACACAAGCAGCACAAACAAAAAUAACAAUGAAGAAUAUGAAGUUUUUGCUAGAGAAGAAAGCAGUAGGCAGAACAGGGUGCCUGAUAUUGAAACAGAGACGAAUUCCAUUGAUCGAACUGUGGCUCGUUUAGUCUUUCAUAGGCCUGUGGAGUUAACAGGAAAUUAUUCCGACAAACUGGAGUCGCCGGUUUCAACAAAGGUGCAAUGUGAAAACAAAGCAGCUAACCAAGUGGACUUCCCCAUGGGAUGCUUACAAGAGGAAGACUUGAGAAGUCAUCAACAAUUUUCUCACCUUGGGUCAGAGAAUCCUUGUCAAUCUUUUGAGGUCCAGCCUAUGCAUCAAAUUAAAAACAGUCUCGGAAUAACUUCAGAGAAUGCAUCUAACCCACAGGAGUUUGAAGCCUCUCAAUGAAGAAAGAAGUUAUGCAGAGUGCAAGGGGUGACUGUCAUUCUUAUAUGGGGAGUUUACUUGGUUUGUCACCUCAUUUCACAUUGAUUGCAUUUCAAGUCAAUGCUUAUUACUUGCCAAGGUAAAAAAGAUUGUUGCGGGUGUUCUGAUAUGUAGUGCAAAAAUAUGCCUACAUAAAGUUGUUGUUGAUGAUCGCUCUCCUCCCCGUGUUGCUCAAAAACAGGUAGAAUACACGACCGGAAGCUACCGGUCUUUCAAUAGGAUUUGAGGGGAUUCUGAGUAACACGGGGGAGCAAUCAUCUAAGUUGUUUUGUUCCUUGCUCACAGUUGUGAGCUUAAUAGGCCUGUGGCUAAGCAGUCAUAUCUCGAAUCCAUAUAUAGUCUAAGAAUUUUGAUGAAGUUGGUGCUGCGUUUUCUGCUUUUGACUUUGAAGGCUUUGUCAAUGUGGAAGAUGACAAUGACAUUCAUGAGGAAAUAGUCAUGGGUUUGGACUUAAAUUUUAUUAGGAAAUAGAAAAAUGUAAGUAAAUUGUGAACAUGGAUGAUGGGUUGCAGUAUGUUUGGGGAAGUCGAUGUUCCCUUUGCAUUGGGUGUCAAAAUUGGUAUAUAUAUACUUUUAAGUUUUAA